CCAUCAUCAUCAUCACACGCACACACACACACACAGCGGCCACGACGAGCAGCACGGCGACACCAGGGCACCGCUCCCGUUCCUCCCGUUCCUCCCGUCAGAUCAUUCACACAGGACGGACAUGGAUUACAGAGCUCAAGAUUAUUAGACGCGUUCAAACUGGGCCUCUGUUUUGGCGGAGCACAAAGCAAUGUGGAGGAAAUAAAACUUGUGACACGUUGAAAACAAGAGAUUAUAGAUAAUGGGCUGUGUGCAAUGCAAGGAUAAGGAAGCAACCAAACUCACAGACGACAGAGACGCCAGCAUCUCCCAGGGAGCCGGGUACCGCUAUGGCGCCGACCCCACGCCACAGCACUACCCCAGCUUCGGGGUCACCGCCAUCCCCAACUACAACAACUUCCACGCCCCCGUCGGACAGGGAAUGACCGUCUUCGGGGGGGUCAGCACUUCCUCUCACACGGGGACCCUGAGGACUCGCGGUGGGACGGGAGUCACCCUCUUUGUGGCACUUUAUGACUACGAGGCGCGGACAGAAGACGACCUCAGCUUCAGGAAAGGAGAAAGGUUCCAGAUUAUCAACAGCACUGAAGGGGACUGGUGGGACGCUCGCUCGCUCACCUCCGGUGGCAGCGGCUACAUUCCCAGUAAUUACGUGGCUCCGGUGGAUUCCAUCCAGGCUGAGGACUGGUACUUUGGUAAACUGGGCCGUAAGGACGCUGAGAGACAGCUGCUGUCCACGGGAAACCCUCGAGGGACCUAUCUGAUCCGGGAGAGUGAAACCACUAAAGGUGCCUUCUCCUUGUCCAUACGGGACUGGGACGAUGUGAAAGGUGACCACGUCAAGCAUUAUAAGAUCCGCAAGCUGGACAGCGGCGGCUACUACAUCACCACCAGGGCUCAGUUUGACACGCUGCAGCAGCUGGUUCAGCACUACUCAGACCGAGCCGCCGGGCUUUGCUGUCGCUUGGUGGUUCCCUGCCACAAAGGGAUGCCCCGCCUCGCCGACCUGUCCGUCAAAACCAAAGACGUGUGGGAGAUCCCGCGGGAGUCUCUGCAGCUCAUCAAGCGCCUUGGGAACGGGCAGUUUGGGGAGGUCUGGAUGGGAACGUGGAACGGCACCACUAAGGUGGCGGUGAAGACUCUGAAGCCUGGCACCAUGUCCCCCGAGUCCUUCCUGGAGGAGGCUCAGAUCAUGAAGAAACUCCGCCAUGACAAGCUGGUGCAGCUCUACGCCGUGGUGUCUGAGGAGCCCAUUUACAUUGUCACAGAGUACAUGGGCAAAGGAAGCCUGCUGGACUUCUUGAAGGACGGAGAAGGACGAGGGUUGAAGCUGCCGAACCUGGUCGACAUGGCUGCACAGGUUGCAGCGGGCAUGGCCUACAUCGAGAGGAUGAACUACAUCCACAGAGACCUCCGCUCAGCCAACAUCCUGGUGGGAGACAACCUGGUGUGUAAGAUCGCUGACUUCGGCCUGGCCAGGCUGAUCGAGGACAACGAGUACACGGCUCGGCAAGGUGCAAAGUUCCCCAUCAAGUGGACGGCCCCGGAGGCCGCGCUGUACGGGAAGUUCACCAUCAAGUCGGACGUGUGGUCGUUUGGCAUCCUGCUGACGGAGCUGGUCACCAAGGGUCGGGUGCCUUACCCAGGCAUGAACAACCGCGAGGUCCUGGAGCAGGUGGAGCGGGGCUACAGGAUGCCGUGUCCACAGGACUGCCCCAUCUCUCUGCACGAGCUGAUGCUGCAGUGCUGGAAGAAGGACGCAGAGGAGCGGCCCACCUUCGAGUACCUGCAGGCCUUCUUGGAGGACUACUUCACAGCCACCGAGCCUCAGUACCAGCCCGGGGACAACCUCUAAACCCCCCCCCCCUCCUCCUCCUCCUCCUCCUCCUCUACCCUCUCUCUCCUCCUGCUCCGUGUAGGCCUGCAGGCUGGGACUGGACUGGCUGAAUCAGCGCUGUUACACAAACUCUGGAGCCCUCCCAGCCUGGACUUCUUUUAAGGAUCUGUACAGCUUUCUGAGCUCCAACACCAACCCCCCCUACAACACAACCCUCAGUCUACGACACGCCCCCCCAGUGUCUGAACUCUGCAAAUGCAAUGAUUAGGGAAGAGGCGGGAUGGAGGAUUAGCGGAGUGAACUGGGGCUGUGAUCAUGCAAUGAAAUCCUUGUAUUCAGUGUAAAUAAGAAAAAAGCUUGUUUUACUUUAUUUGUUGCUUCUGUUUCAGAUUUUAUUUUCUCCUGCACAAAAUAAUGAUGAUGAUGAUGAUGAUGAAGAGGGCAAAGGAAGUGAAGCAUCAGGCACGGCACAGUGAAUCUGUGUGUGUAUUAUACUGUAGCUCCUGUUUUCCUUCACACACAUUCUUUUGGAAGUUUUUUUCUCAAUUUUCGUUAAUAUGUUAAAAAAAAAAAAAUGUCACCCACAUUUUAUUGCUUCGUUCUUGAGCUCUCAGUUUGUGGCGCUCUCAAGAUUCACUCAGCGACAUGUUGAUCUCUGACCUGCUGCUCAGGAUGAUGUGACGAUGUUGUCCUGAUGUGUUUCAGGCUGCAGGAUGAAUGAAGGUGAUGAUUCUGAUCAAUCGUUUUCAUUUCACUGCUUUCUAAUUGGUCAUCGACUGAAAGAUGAUGGAAAGUAGAAAUCUCGAUAUUUUUGGUGGCCCAGUGGUUAGUGUGCGCGCCCCUUGUACAGAGGCUUAAGUCCUCGAGAGCGGGCGGCCCGGGUUCAAGGCUGCCUGUUGCUCCUUUACUGCUUCCCCACUCUCUCUCUAUCCAGUUUCUGACUCUAUCCACUCUCCUGUCUCUAAAAUAAUCUGGAUAUUUGAAUCUGUUUUGUGCUACUGUCUGAUAGUGGACAUGAUUAAAGUGUUACAUGGUUGUAGCUCUGAACUAAGGCAGAAGCAUACGUACGUAGCCUGAAUUGCAAUAAUUAACUACGCGACGAAACUACCCAGACCGCAAGCCCGCUGCUAAUUGGUCGACAUUUUCCUGUCCUGGUGUGCUCCACAUGUACAACAUCGAGAUACCGAGUCUGAAAAUGACGAGAAGAUAAAGAAAUGUUCUUUGUAUCAUGAACCAUGAACCUCUCUAGGAUGUCUGCUCUCCUCUUCUUUACAAUAAUCUGCUGCUUGAUAUUUAUCAGCUCCAACUCCAACAUCAUUCGUUACAUUUCAGUCGCCAUGGUUUCCUGUACACAAACGAGCAGAAAAUGUGUUGCAGAGUUAUGCAGACAAACCAACCCACAAGUACGUAGUGCUUACGACUGAACGAAACUACGGAGUAGUUAAGACUCAACGCUGGAAGUAUAAAACCGGGCUGAAAGUCUGUAGUUUGGGUCCAAUCAUGGAAAUAGUGGGCCGAGCGAAGCCUGGCCUGGCUGACUGGUCAUCAAACUGAGGACUGGUCGACCUUAGUGUGACAUUUAAGUUCACACAGACGUGAUCUCUGGAAGAGGUGUGCACAUUUAACACUCUGGAGCGUCUUUAGAUAAGUGGUGUUUGGUUUCCACUGAUCUUAAAGCCUGAAUAUUCAUGGGUGGUGGUUGACCAACAACUAGAAAGACACAUGAGCAGACAUUUACAUCACCUUUGGUCUAAACCACGAUAUCCCAACCAUGUGGUCCAGACCCAAAAUGAGGUCACAUGGAGUUCAAAUGGGGUCCCCUGAAAUGUGUAAUUAUUAGUCAAAGUAAAAAAUAUCGGAGUGCUGAUAACCUAGCUGUUAUGACGUGCGACGUACGUGUAUAAAUUCUAUAUUCCCCAUCACAGCGGCCGUGGGUUCAAGUCCGACCUCUGCCCUUUGCUGCAGGUCAUCCCCCCGCUCUCUCCACCCAACAAGUCCUGUCCAUCUUCAGCUGUCCUAUCAAUAAAGGCAAAAAUAACUCAAAAAGUAUUGGAGCAUUCUGCCUUAAUUAAGCUACAAGACGUUAGCUCAUGCUAAAAACAUCUUGCAGUAUGUUGGUCUGUCUCUCAUCCAUGUGUCAUGCGUCCAGCGUACAAGCUCACCUGGCUGUUCACAUCGAACACAGAGACAUCCCGGCCUUUCUGCCCUGGCCACAAUAAUAUACCUGCAGUAAAUAAAUGUGGGGAUAAAUCAGGAUUUAAAUUUGAAUCGUUUUAGUAAAAAGCUUGAUGUGUUUUGGAUGCCUGGUUCUUCAGAGUUUUGUGAAGUCAAAGUGGGGUCACAAACUAAAAAAGACUGAACCAGUGUUCUCAACAUUCAUGGUGACUAAAUAUGAUCUGAUGUCUCCGAGGAGUUUCACUAUCGUUGUCUUUUCAGUCGAUGAUCAUGACAGAAACAUUGGUGAAAUAAUGAUUUGUUGGAUUUCCUACUUUUUAAACCAUCUGCAGCUCGGGAACCAGGAACAGGCUCGCCUGUUAAUGACAGCAUCAUCAGAGGAAAAUGGCCGCCUCUUAAUAUGGUUGAAUGAAGGAGGCUUCCUCAGACAUGCAUGAUGCAGCUGUCGCCCAUCACCUUCAUUUACUUCUGCUCUUUCCUCCAGAGCUUCCUCAGAGUGUCAGAGCGUGUAAGGAUUUUCAACAUAUCCCUCCUCGCUUGUUGUUUUCAGAAAGUCUGGGUAGAAAUGUUUUUCUAUUUAUACAGCCAGUGUGGUUUUUUUUUUCUGUGAGUUGGACGUAAGAAGGAUUGAGAAGAGAAUCAUUUUUUAGAAGAGAAUAUGUUCGUCUUCUUUGAGACGACAGACGGCGUCCUGUACGUCGUCCACUCGAGCCUGCAGAGCGCAGACAUGCAGCUGCAUCUGGACCGCCCCCCCUCCUGAGUUCCUGCUUUUUAUGUUUCACUGACGAGGUUUAUUCUUUCAGUAUUUGAGUCUUUGCUUUUGACAGAGUAUGUUUUAUUUAACCCUUUUAAGUGAUCCUUAAGAGUCAAUGUUCAGAGGAGCUUCACGUCGCAGAAACAUUUGAAUUUUAUUCAUGAACCCAGCAACGAUCAGGUGGUUUCACAUCCGAUUGGAAACUCCUUAUUUUCAGUUGUACAGCUUUACGGUUCCAAGUGUCGCUAACUUUCCUCCUUUGUAUCUUUUCAUUUCCUUUUUUUUAACAUAACUUGUUUUGUUAUUUCUGUGAUUUGGAGUUUCAGAAAAGAACAAUAAAAACAUUUUACACUCUU